CCCACAAGUUGCGGGCUCUCUUUCUGCUGCUCCCCAGCUCUCAGAUACAGCCGACACCAUGGGUUUCGGAGACCUGAAAAGCCCCGCGGGCCUCCAGGUGCUCAAUGAUUACCUGGUGGACAAGAGCUACAUUGAGGGGUAUGUGCCAUCACAAGCAGAUGUGGCAGUAUUUGAAGCCGUGUCCGGCCCACAGCCUGCUGGCUUGUGUCAUGCCCUACGUUGGUGUAAUCAUGUCAAGUCUUACGAAAAAGAAAAGGCCAGCCUGCCAGGAGUGAAGAAAGCUUUGGGCAAGUAUGGUCCUGCCAAUGUGGAAGACGCUACAGGAAGUGGAGGUACAGAUAGUAAAGAUGAUGAUGACAUUGAUCUCUUUGGAUCUGAUGAUGAGGAGGAAAGUGAAAAAGCAAAGAGGCUAAGGGAAGAAUGUCUUGCACAAUAUGAAUCAAAGUUAGCCAAAAAACCUGCACUUGUUGCCAAGUCUUCCAUCUUACUAGAUGUGAAACCUUGGGAUGAGGAGACAGAUCUGGCGAAAUUAGAGGAGUGCGUCAGAAGCAUUCAAGCAGACGGCUUAGUCUGGGGCUCAUCUAAACUAGUUCCAGUGGGAUACGGAAUUAAGAAACCAAAUACAGUGUGUAGUUGAAGAUGAUAAAGUUGGAACAGAUAUGCUGGAGGAGCAGAUCACUGCUUUUGAGGACUAUGUGCAGUCCAUGGAUGUGGCUGCUUUCAACAAGAUCUAAAAUCCAUCCUGGAUCAUGGCAUUUAAAUAAAAGCUUGAAAGAUAAAAAAAAAAAAAAAAAAAAGAA